AUGUCUUUCGAGGAGGUCACUUUGCAAUUCCCGCUCUUGCGGAUCAAUUGCGGGACCCACACCAACACCAGUCUCUCUUCUCCAGCCAUGGUCAACGUCGUCACUCCAGUCGUGGAUAUCGAGGGCGAUGCAUUCCUCCCGCUGUCGCCGUUGGACGCCGUCAUGAACACGUAUCGCGUGGUGAUUCUCUACAUCUACCCGCCGCCUCCGUCAAAUGCAGCCAACUACGACCUCGACAAGCUCCGGCGCUCGUUCGUCUCGCUAGUGGACGAGGACUACCCCGUGCUCGUUGGAACACUCGACGUUGACCAAAAGACUGGGACCGUCAGUGUAAAGCAGACGCCCGAGCAGCGACGACGAGGUGGCAGCGCAAUCCGCUUCGAGUCGAACUCGACCAGUUCCAAGACUACGGACGACGCGAUAUCGUCUCUCUCGUGGGAAUUCAUGCCCAAGACUCGCAGUGGUGGGGAGAUCAUCGCUGUGAAGGGGUCGAUCCUCGCAGACGGAGGAAUGGCCAUCGGAGUGGACUGCAGCCACGUCCUGUUCGACGGAGAGGCCACGCUCACGUUCAUGAAGGCGUGGGGGCAGCACUACAGCGGUGUCAGCAACCAAGAUCGGCUGGUCAUCAACCAUGAGCGACACCUGCUCGCAGGAAACGGGAAAGCUUCUCGUCUUCCUCACCCGGAGUUCCAGAUCGUACCGGCCGAGCCUCUAGUGCGCAGAGAGGAUGGAUCGCUAGCUCCUAAAGCCGCUGCCACGCCACCCAACACGGCCCAGCACGUCUUCCAUCUAUCGCCAGAGACGAUGGUAAAGCUCAAGCGCACAGCAGAGUGUGGAUACAAGCACCCGAAGAUCGCCCACGGCUCCGGGCCUUCGUACAUCAGCACUCUUGACACCAUCACCGCGCUGUUCACCAUCCUCAUCACAAGAGCUCGUGGCCACGGGCGAGACUUCCGAGUCUCGACGGCAGUGAACGGGCGGAAGCGACUGGAACCCCCAUUGCCCGAAAACUACGCUGGGAAUGCGGUCUUCCACGCGAUUUCGCCGUAUACGAGCGAGGAUCUACGAGGCGAUAAGGAAGAUGUUCAGAGCGGAGUGUCGGCGUCAACGCUGUCUCGUGUCGCUCGUUGCAUCCGCUCGUCGAUUCUGGAGCGAGACAGCGAGUUCAUGCGGGACGCCAUCGCGUUCCUCUCCAACCAGAAGACCGGUCUGUCCAGCGUCAACGACAACGUCAACUUCUUCUGCGGCCCGGACGUCGCGUUCACGUGCUGGGCCAAGAUGGGGCUGUACGAUGCCGAGUUUGGAGGAACGAGACCUUGGUACGCGUCGAUCCCCCGCGUGCAAUGUAUGGACGGAUUCGUGCUCAUCACAGAAGCUGUCAGAGGCGCUGAUGGACUGGACGUGCUCGUGUGCUUGGAAGCUGCCACGAUGAAGAAGUUCAUGGGCUUGUGCGCUGACGUAGAGUUUCUUCAAGGUUAG